UCCGUGCUGCACGGAUAAUCAGAAUUGAACACAUUUGUAAUAAAAAGUUUGGCACGUUCGGACGUAGAUGUUGCGAUAUUAAAUAGAAUUUUUCUCAUUUGUGCCGGUUUCGCGUGUUGCUAGUUAAAAUAUCUUUGAACUCUAUGUAACGAGUACACAUAAAAAUAAAAAUCCAUAAUUUAUCGCAUAAGGAGUUAAUCGAAAAGGCGUAGUUUUAUUGCAUUACAAUCGUAGCUCGAAGUGUGAUAAGAGCCAUAAGGUGCGUGCCAAAUUUGUAGUGAAAAAACCGUCAGUGCUUUUAUUGCGAUUUUCCAAUAUUUGCUACCAUUGAAUGUUACGUUAUGCAUACGUCAUACAUGUUGGCACAAGAACAAAAGAGGAAUAUUGUUGUUGAAGAAGACACCAACUAGAUCGAUAUCUGCUGCAAUACUUGUCGUUCCUGGCACUCCACCCUACUGCGAAAUUAUAUCCCGUGCCCUUACCGUCAUUCCAUCCUUACUGAUGAUGUUGGCUGAUGUGUGGUGUAAGCAAUUCUAAAAUUGUGAUUGAGGGUGUGAUGAAAACCUUAUUAUAUUUUGAUAGUGUGAAAGCGUUUUAGCUACUAUGAAGCGCAGCAAUCUUUUGCUCAUCGCCUUGUGAAGCGAAUCGUGAAUCGUGUGGCGAAUGUGGUAUAGCGUUUGCAUUGUGCGUGCACAAGUGAAUUCACUGUGAAUAACAUUCUCGUAGGGUAUCCAGUUAAUGUGGUGCGGUAGUGCUGUAUAUUUCCCUCUGUUUUGAGUUCUGACAUUUAAAAGGUUGACAAAUCCUGUCAUACCUAUCGCAUUCCCUGUUACCUCGAAGAAGUAAUUUACAACUAAAUAUUGUAUAGAGCUAACUGUUACACAGCUAUAAUUACGACCAAAUCGGUGGUUUCUCAUCCACUCAAAAUAACCCGCUCUAAUUCCAGUGACGUAGCGCUUAUCAUUGAAAACAGGAGGUUUUCUCUUGUAAACAACUAGGGGUAAACGGGGCAAAAUGGAUACCCUAUAUCUAAGCAUUAUUUCACAGCAAGGUUCGUAUAGUAUCCAGCGGAACAUCGAAGAAACCCCCUUUGGGGUAGGCAAACCGAAACCGAAUAGCUGAUGAAGAUACCAAAUUGGAAUUGCAGUGUCAAGUAGAUUGGAGAGAUUAUGAUGCAAUAAUGCCUUACAAAUGGGAGCCACGAAAAGAGCAUGUUUUGGUCGAAGCAAUUCAGUCCAGGCUACUACAUCAGUAGACAACAGCCAAGAAACACAGCAACACUUGAGAGUUUCUUCGGGAAAUCAACAGCAGUACAGCAAUCGAUUGAGAAGAUUGCGCUCUGUUAGUCAAUCAACUUCUGCAACUAGCUUGAACAAUUUAAACAAUAAUAGCAGUAACAACAACGCAGGGUCUACCUCCUGCAUAUCUGCCGGUAAUAAUACAACGAAUAGUACUGGCAACUCUAUCAUCAGCAAUAUCACCGAUAAUAUUACAAGUACCACCAACAACAAUACUAUUACCUACAACCACAACAAUUGCAGUACGCUGAGACAUCAGCGCCAUCAUCAACAUCAUCUUCACACGAUCCGAUCUAGUACUUCUAGUACAAAUUCAACAGCAGUCAACACGGGGGGUCUAAUAUCAAGAGUAUUUGAUCAUAGCAACAGUAGCGGCAGAAGCGAUAGCUCUUCUCAUUGUACCAACACCACUAGUCCAGCUGCUUCUGUCACCAGCUGUACUACGAUAUCAUUACCUGUCGUCUCUGCAAAUCAUUCUAGUAGUAGUGUACCUGGAUUGGGUAGUAUUGCGACUAGAAUUGGAAGUAAUUCACGACGAGCGUCCCCAAGUGAAAAAAAAAAACAUCUCCAAAAUAAGAACGAUGAUAAAAUGGAUGAAAAAAAGUCACAACAACAGAAACCCCCUGUCAAACAGCAUCAACACCUGCGUGAUACAACCCCAAUUAGUCGGAAAGGGAGAAAUCGCAAAGAUACAGAAGCAGGGGGAGGAAACAGUACUUCGGCCAUCAAUGAAACUUCACCAAAGAAACGUAAUACAGUCAGAUAUCACGGGAUGAUAUCAAAGAUAUCCUCCGUACCUACUGAUAAAGAACAAAAAGAAACUACCGAGUCCAUUGAAGAUUACAAAUCUGUUGGCGAUAUUGAAGAUUAUGAAUUAAGUAGACAAAGCCAGGAAGAUGCAAUUAUCGCAGAACAAGAUAAUGUUGAAGAUCAUCCUUCAUCUACAUCAAACACAGCACAUCUUGAGCAUAAUGAAGAAAAACCCGUGUCCAAAGACGAUGGGAUACAUUCUGUAGUGAAUGUAAAAGAAACAAGUCGUUCGAAAGCGCUUACUAACGACUCUGGAAUUGAUGGUGAACAACAGUUAUCCAUUCCUCAUUUAGAUGAAAAUGGAAUAGUAGAAGAUGAAGGGGCUUUUGGUAGUAAUCCAUACGACAGGAAUAAUGAAGUUCGCCAGAAAGAUACAAGUAAUGUUAAAUUAC